AUGGCCUCUGUCCAAAUUGACUGUGACAGCCUGUCACUCAUUUUGGAGCAGAUGGAACAUCAUUUGCAGCCUCUGGUACAGGUCCAUACAAUAUGGGGAAUGACAGACAACACAGAUGAACACCAGGCAACAUCAACCCCUUACCAAAGCCCCUAUCCAGACCAUGUCCAAAUGCUGGGAGACCCUGGGACCUGGUUCAAGCACAUUGAUCAUCAUUCCCAGAUUCCUAUAGUAUACCAGUAUGCCCACUGGAUCACCCUGCCUCAGGAGCAUGCUGGCCCACUUGGAAUGGUGUUCAUCCAUACAGGCCCACUUGCUAUGGGUCUUGUAGUACCAUGUCCUGGUCCGUCCACCAUGACAAACACUGAUGAACAUGGGCAAACAUUUGUGAACAUCAGUCCAGCAUGGAUGGCCCUGAGUAAACAUACUGGAGCACUUGUUUACUUGUUUGGAAUGCAUUAA